AUGUACGAAGGGAUUGAAAACUUGAAAUACCUUUACGACCACCCAGCACGUCGAUCAUCAGUUGGGAGCGGGGCUCCCAAGUAUCCCAGGACGGGAGAUAGCCGCGCCACCGGACGAGAUAACUCGUCCGACGUCCGUUCACGUCGCGGUGGUUCAACAGCUGCUCAACUAGAUAGCGCUAGCCACCGCGAGAGUCCUCUCCUGGAGGUGGAGGAGGAGGAAAGACGCUCUCCACACGAUCGUGGGGAUCCGUGUGUUCCCGAGAGCUUCUUUGAUCGCGUAACGCAAGGGUUACGCGUUGAUCUCGAACAUGAGCGGGACAGGCGUCUCCAAAUGGCGGACACUGUCUCGAAGCAUCGAGCUGAGUUUGCCUUUGCUCAGCUUGAGAACGAGAGAGAUCUGACAUCUCUUCGUGACGAGCUAAGGGUAGCUCGUGGGAUUGUUGAUCGGUCUCGGGAUGAGAUAACUGCUCUUCAGACCCUUGUCGAUGCCCACCAUCGGGAGCACAAGGCUCUCUGCGAGAUGCUUGAGCGCAAGGGCGUUCUUCAUCGGAAGAAGCAGCGUACUGAUGGUACGGCUUAA